AUGACAAGAAGAAAUAUCAUGGAAGAGCUAAUUUCUACAACAACCUACUCUGGAAUCGUAAAGUCUUCUUCAUAAAACAAAGUUAUUAGCUAAGAAAUAUUAAUCAAUCUUCAUAUAGGCCAGGAAUAUAUUUAAAAUUACACAUUUGCUUCAAAUAUAUCUACCGAUAAAUUAGUUAACAUUUUAAAAUAAAAAAUUAAUAAUAUCGAAGUAAUCGCUUUCUAGUCAUUAGAUGAUAAUAUUUAACUUGACUAUUACUUGUCCUUACCAAAUUUAGUUAUGGAACCUUUUGUAAAUAAGACCAUUAGAUUAAAACCCAUAAUAAGUGCAAAUAAAAAUAAAAUCAACCUAAAUUCAUUUUAAUUUUUAUCAGUAAUUGGAAGAGGAGGAUUUUCAACUGUUGUAUUAGCAAGAUCAUUAAUUAAUGGUUAAUUUGUAGCACUGAAAUUAAUUAAUAAAAAAUUUAUUGAAUAAUAUCAAAAAUAAGAUUUGGUAAAAAAUGAGAGAGAUAUUUUAAUAUAAACGACCUAUAGAGGAGCCACCUUCACCAAUAGAAUAGAGCAUGCAUUUGAAACAAAAAAUUAAAUAGUGUUUUGUUUAGAUUACUGUCCUAGUGGUGAUUGUUCAACCUCAUUAAAAAGUCAUAACGAUUAUCAGAAUAAUAGGCAAGAUUCUAUAAUUGAAGUUAUUUUGGCAAUUGGAUUUUUGCAUAAUGAACAAAUUAUAUAUAGGGAUAUAAAGCCUGAAAAUAUUUUAAUAGAUUCAAAAGGCCAUAUUUAGUUGGCAGACUUUGGUUUAGCUAGUCCAAAUAUGAAUAAAGAUGGCUGCGCUUAUUCAUUUUGUGGCUCACCUGAAUAUAUGGCCCCUGAGAUGUUUUAGAACUCUGGUCAUACUUAAUUGCUAGAUUAUUAUUGUUUAGGAUGCCUACUAUAUGAAUUUGUCACAGGGCUACCACCAUUUUAUGCUGAUGAUAAAAAUAUUAUCAAUAGGUUAAUAAAAGAAUAGGUUGAAUUUCCUGAAUUUUUAAGUAGAGAUAAAAUUUUUUCAAACAUAUCUAAGACCUUAUUAGACAAUUAAUGAUUAAAAAUCCUUCUAAAAGAUAAGGAGGCAAAAAUGGAAUAGAUGAAAUACUUUAACACAGAUGGUUUAAAAAUAUAGAUAUAGCUUAAUUUGUAAAUAAGGCUAUCAAACAACCUUUUAUUCCUGAUCUACAAAAGUUAAAUUUAAAAUCAGUGAAUUAGAACGAUAAAUAAUUUCUUGGGUUGAUGUAAAGAGAAUAGAAAUAGAAUGCAUCUUUCAAAACAAUGUUUUCUAGCGAUUUUUAUUUUUCAAAUAACCUAGAAACAGAUAAAAGUAUCUAAUUUUCAAAAUCCAUUAUAGAAAACCUUGUUAAAAAGACUUUAGUCAAUAAAUAAUGCUUAACAAAUCUUUAGUUACAAACAUCUUCUCAAAUAAACAUUUACUAAUAACAAAUCCAAUCCUGA